AUGGAAAAUAGAUUUAUUAAACUGUUUAAUAUACUUAUUAUAUUAUUAUAUACUUGUAUUCAAUGUAUUGAUGAAGAUAGUCUUUCAUAUAUUUCAAAUAUCACUGAUAUAAAUCCAAGUAAACGUAAAUUAUUACCAGUAGUUUCAAACUUUGGUAAUCCACAAGUUAAUCAAAUAAGAGCUACUUCUAAUAAUAUCCCUAAUCCAUACAUUAAUACAGAAUCAUCCCAUACUGGAAUAAAUAAUAAUAAACAAUUAUCUCGAUUUGGAUAUUUUGAUGAAUUUUCAUAUUCAAGAAAUUCAAAUUAUUUUAAAGAUGAUACAAGAAAAAAAGUAAAUGGAAUACCAUUUACAUUAUUACACUCUUUACGUUUAAUUCUUGCAAAUAAGAUUAUACGCUACAAUCCUAUAUUAUACCCAUUUCAAAUUGAGUUUCAAAAUAUAAGUUCAUGUCUUUGUGAUUUAAAAUUGGAUGAAAUUGGAAAUCAAGCAUCUAUAGAUUUCAAAAUAAAAGGACAUGAGGAUAAUAAUAAUAAUUGGAAUCAAGAAAAUAUGAAUUCUAAUAAUUUAUAUAGCUCAUAUAUAUCAUUAUUACCACCAAACUGUCAAUGGAAUAAUAUUUUUAAUUCAACUUAUGGAGAUUUUGAUAAUUUAGCUAGUAAUAACAGUUAUUUUGAUCCUAGAAAUAAUAAUUCUAAAAUUAAAUAUACUAAUUUACUUGGUAUAGAAGUGAAUGAUGAUUUUGUGAAUGACUCACUCAAAGUAUUAGAAUCAGAUUUAAAUAAUAUAAAUAAAACAAAUAAUAUAGAGAAUAUUACAGAUAUAAACAAUGAUAUAGUUAUACCUAAAAAUAUAACCGAUGAUUUAUAUUUAAAUACUAAUAAUAGUAACUUAGAUCAAUCAAAAGAAUAUAAAUUUCAUUCAAAAGUACUAAUAGAAUCUCCAGAUCAUCUUGUUCAAUGUAUAUAUAGGAUACCACUUGAUUUAACCCCUUUUAGUAAGAAUUACAAAUACUAUAAUAAUAAUAUGGUCUUAAAUGAUUCAUUAACUAAUAUAAACACUCCAUUAGUGGAGAAUGAUAAUAAUAAAUCUAAUUUCUUAUCAUCAUCAUGGUUAAAUUAUUUAUCACCAGAAUCACCAAAGUGGUUUGAAUAUGAUUUUACAAGCGACAAAGAUAUGGAAGUAUCUACUGAUGAUAAUAAGUAUAAUAAGUUUACUAUUGAAGGAUAUUGGGACUUAAUUAGAUCUAUUCCAUUACAGGUACUAUUAAGUUUGAACACCUCAGAUCCGUUGACAUAUAUAAUGUGUACAAAUACAUCAGAAACCUUGAAUAAGUUUUUAACAGAUAAUAUAAAUAAUACUAAUUCUAAUGAUAAUAAUAAUAAUAAUGAAGAUCCUUUAAACAACCCGAGUAUCUUUUCAUUAAUGUCAAUUGUACCAUAUAAUGAGUCUUAUUGUAGUCGUCCAACAGGUGCACAGUUAAAGAUGUUUGGAUUUUGUCCGAGCAUAACCAAUUCUAAAUAUGAUGAAGAAUUACAAAGCUGUAUAAAGAUAACAUAUACAGAUGCAAUUUCUGUAUGCCCACAAAAUUAUCGUCAUUCUAGAUUAGGGGGAUCACGUAAUGGAAUUGGUGGAUGUCAUGUAAAACAAAGAGUUGAUAUACCAGCAACAAAAACUUGUGAUUUUCCAUAUACAUAUAAUCAAGCAAAGGAAAUAUGUGAAUUGAAAAAGUAUUAUCCUGGUUUUCCUGGUUGCUCUAAUGGUAGUACAUAUUACAAUAUAACAACUUGUAUAGUAGCUUAUCAAAUUUUAAAGGAAUAUGAAUGUCCAGAUGGUUAUGAAGCAUUAGAUGAUUCAGAUUUUAAUCAAGGGAAUAAUCCAUCAGAAUAUAAUAAAAGAAUGGAAACUUUACAAGAAUAUAGAGAAAAUUAUUUACAUGAAUAUACAAAUAGAUCAUAUUCAUAUAAUUUACCACCAAUGACUCGAAUUAUUGAUAUUAAUGAACAAGGUAUCCAAAGUCGUUAUCCAAGCUUAAAAUUGAAUCAUUCUAAAACUCACAUUACAUGUAGAAAACGUAUUAUUGAACCAUGUGAAUAUGAUUAUUUGGGAAUUCCAUAUUGUAAAAAUAAUAUAUUUAAAAUUAAAUACGAUUAUGUAUAUUCCUACAUGUUUGAAGAUCGUCCUAUUCCACAAUGUAUUUUUGAUGAUAUUGUAAAAGUUGAAUAUAAAUGCCCAGAAGAAAGUAUACCUUAUGAAAUUCAUAUUGCAAAUGGAAAUAAUCCACCUAUUAUAUUUACAAAAGAACUUGGUAAUCCAUAUGAUACAUGUAUAAUAACUGAAUUCAUUCCUAUACAACCUAAAUGUAUAACAUCAGAUCAAACACCUUAUAUUUUAAUAAAACCACAAUUGUCACCAUUUGAAAAAACAGGAAUACAUAUUGUAACAAAUGAAGAUAUAGAAAAUCUUAAUCCUGAUGAAUUACAAGAAGUAUAUGAUAUUAUUGAUAAUUCAUUGUUUGAUGAAAAUAUUGAUAAUAAUUUAAUAAAUAAUUUAGAUAAAAAUGAAAAUUCUGAAAAUAUUACAGUAGCUAGUAAUAAUAAUCCAGAUCUUAGUAAUUUCACUGGAAAUAUAACAGAGGAUCAUAUUUUGAACAAAAAUUGUAUUAAAAAUAAUACAGUGAAUAAAAAUAAAGAAAGUGAUAUAAACUUAUUUAAUGUAUCAUCAAAUAUUAAAGAACCGAUUAAUCAAAUUAAUAAUACUCAAUUCUUAUAUAUAACUCAACAAAAUAUUAAUUCUAGUCAAAAUUAUACAUUAAUAAAUCUAAAUCAUAACAAAUAUAUUGGAAUUAGUAAAGAUGAUACAUUUAAUUCAAAUAUAGAAUCAUCUGUUAAUAUAUCAGAUCACUAUACAAAUUCAUCAAAAUCAAAUAUUAAAUCUGAAUGUAAUCAAUCAAAUAUAUUAAUAUCACAAUUACCAAUGGAAAUAAAAAUGGAAAUAAAUAAAGAUUCUACAACUUUAAUAUCUAAUUUUAGUGAAACUAAUCAUGAAUAUCAAUAUGAAGUAUUAUCAAAUACAUCUAUGCUAUUUGAUCAAGAAUUAUCACCAUCAUAUUUAUUUAAAUUAUUAAAUAAUAUUGAAAAUAGAAAUAAUUUUUCUAAUAAUCAAAUAGAAGAACCAAAAAUUCGUCUUUCUGAUGCUAUUUUAGGUAAUACAGAUUAUAUUAUUCAAAUAUAUUGUAGUGAAGUUAUUACUGCAAAACCAUAUUUGUCAUGUCCUCAAAACAGUAAUUUGAUUAAAUCUAAUCUUUGUAGAUUACAUGGAUAUACUGAUUAUAUUCUUCAAUGUCCAGAUGGUUAUGUUUUAGAUAAAGAAGCAUUAAUGCUAAUACCAGUUGAAUAUUAUAGAAAAGCUCCACCAAGAUGUGUAGGUAAACAACUUGUAUAUACUCAAUAUUAUUGUCCACCAAUGUUCCCAGAUCAAAUUGAUAGACCAUUUAUUUUAAAUAAAACUAAUUAUACCAAUGAUAAAUCUAAAAAUGUAGAUAAUUAUCAAAUUAAUAAUAUUUCACAUAUUCAAGAUUUUGAGGAUCAAUAUAUUAAUCACUCUAUUAAUAAAUAUAAUAAUAAUCAAAUUUCAGAAAGUAGUUCAUUAAAAAAUAAUACAGAAAAUAUUAUAGGAAGGACAAUAAUUCCAUCAUAUAGUCAAAAAAUUUGUCAUGAAGUUGAUAUUAUUGAACCAAUAUGGAAAAUGCCAAAUUUAUUAAUUUUAUUACUUAAGAAUAUUAAGAAUUUCGAAGAUCAAUUAAAUAAUGAGAUUUAA